AUGUACGGGAGCUUCCCUGCAUGGUAUAUAGAGCUUAAAAUUAAUUUCACCUUUCGAAACGUAUGGUACCUCGUUAAUCCCGAUGCUCCAGAAGCUCCUUACCUGCUCUCUGCAGAGGAGGAUUAUAACAGAAUUCUGGACCGUGGCAGAAUAGGUAGAGAAUCUCCCAUAGCCUGGAUUAAUAAUUGGUACCAAGCUCUUGCACGAGCUCAAACCUACCGAGUUACAGAAGUCGAAGAAUUCCUGGUAAUCAAGGACUUUCUUCAAGUGCAACUUGCUUUGGUAAUUGAGGCUAAUGCGCUUGGAGAGCCCAUUCGUACGCUCGAACGAUCUGAUUCGCAAGGCCACUCGUAUUCUUGUAAGGAAACAAGAGCGGAAAAGCACCCGUGGAAGCCCGUUAAUUGCUCUAUUCUAGAGCUUCCUACGGACGAGCAGCUUGAGAAGAAGGGUUAGAUAAAGAAUGGAGGGAAGUUACCAGGGGACUUUGAGUAUUAAUAGUGCGUAUGAUGUGGUUUCCUGGCUUUGGGCUUGCAGAGCCGUCCGGGGCUAGAGCUAGGCUUUUUUGGGAACUGAGUAUACUGCCGGAGACAUCUGGGGACGCUCUGCUUCCUACCCCUUUUGGUUCUAUUAGCUUAAUGUGAGGCGUUAGGGAAUAACGGUUUCUUAGCUCUCAAUUAGGGGAGAUAGACCACUAUAUAUAUAUUCCUUUUAGCUAGGGGUGCUCCGUGGGAGUACUUUACUAGCUAUUUCCUUUAUAUAUAGAAUUAGAAGCCUCUGGGGAGUGUAUCAUAUGUACGGGUACUAGGGAGCUUAGCUUCGCUUACUCAGCGGCCCCUUUUAUUUAGCUAGAUCCAGAGGCUCCCUUUAGAGCUUCUUUUAAUUAGAUAACUACUUAUGCAAA